AGGGCUGGGGCGCGGCCGCCGAGGGUCGGAAUCCGGCGCUCUCAGCAGGGACAGCCUCCGCGGGGUCUUUCCAAGGAAUCCGGAUGGGCCUGCUUCGCCGCGCCCCUGCUCGCCUGGCUUCCGCUUGGCCCCAGCGGCCGCGGCUCUUAACCCUGGGCCUUAAUUUCCCCCAAGUCAAAUGGAGGAAGUGUGUCCCCACAUCCUCCCAGGAUUGCAGGGGACGCCGGGGGACGCGAGUGUACUAGCGCUGUGCUCCUGAAAUCAACCAGGCCGCCUCUCCCUCCUUCUUGGCCAAAAAUGAAGUUAACCUCUUCUACCUCCUAAAACCCAACCCAGAUUUCUUCCCCUCCCCCGCCCUGUCCCACGACCGGCCCUUCGCGGGUGCCUAAGCUCCGCCCCCGCCCGAGGCGGGGCCCCAUAGGUGGAGAGACGUGGGAGAGGUCGUGGCCCCGCCUCUCCCCUCCUCCCCCUACACACACGGAAGCUCUGUGGCCCCCACGCCAGGAUGUCCGACACCUGGGUCCCAGGCCUCGUACCCACCUUGCUGCUCAGCCUGCUGGCUGGCCCCCAACAGGUGAGCGCUUGGGAGGCUGCCGCCAAAUGUGGUCUCUUCUUCACCUGCCCCAGAGGAUUCAAAUGCUGUGGUGACAGCUGCUGCCAGGAGUAUGAGCUCUUCUCCAGUCCCCUGAGGAUCUUCGUCAUCACCUUCCUCAUCAUCCUCCCCCUCCUGUGCAUCUGCUGUCUCGCUAAGCGGUUCUGUCGCAGCUGCAGAGAACAGGAGCAGGACCCCCCAGCGGAUCACCAGGGGCCCCCGGAGCCGCCCUCCAUCGCCCCCCCAGAGAGGGUCAGGACGUCCACCUCUGAGCCCCCACCCCCCUACAGCGAGAUUAUUCUGAAGCCCGUCCUGCCCCCCAUGGAGCCGCCCCCUCCCUACAGUGUCAGGCCUGAAGAAUAUUCGGGGAUGCCCAGGGGCAUCGACAACCCAGCCUUCUGAGCCACCUCCUGCCUGGAGCUACGACAUCAUCUCGGCCACCUCCUCCCCAGUGCUUCCUGGAUCAAGCCAGAGACUCUUGGGACCCCCGUGAUGCCCCCGUCCGUCCUGCCAUGUCUCUUGCUGUUCUUGGUUUUAACUUAUUGCUUUUCCCGCUCCACCACCAGCCGCCUCUGUUGUCCUGAGUGCCGGUCAGAAGUGUCAGCGGCCACCCCCCCAACCCCCAUCCCAAGUGACAGGCUGCCAGGAGGAACAUGUCAACGCUUGGAGGUGCCUGACAAUAGAAUGGGCCACUCUGAGGAGCGGAGAGAACCCCAUUUCUGGGGGGUAUACAAAUCCUGGCUGGGCAGCCAGCUCCGAGAUAUUAUAGAGGGCACUCCUGUUUCGUGCGCGAUUGGACUGCGUGGGCUCUGAGCCACCCCCGGGUCUACCUGAAUAGGGAAGACCCCAUUGCCCCCUACCCCCCGAACGUGUACUCACUAAAUCUGAGCUGAUCGUCA